CAAAACGUCAACUCCACAGUGACUGUUGCGCCGAGGGAACCAGGAGCUCCUCUCUCUCUGUGAAUGACCACGUAGAUCUGGGAGUUGGGCCCUGGGUUCUUGUCCUCCUCACGCAGUAUCCAGCACCCUCCACAGAAAAUUUUGUCUUUCUCCGCCGACCACCAUGCUUUCUUCGCUCAGAAUCGCGUCGCGGCGGGCAGCGACGGCCCGGAGCUUCGCAGCCGUUCGUGCUGCCUCCACAUGGGCCAAUGUCCCGCAGGGUCCUCCCGUAUGUAUCACGGAAGCCUUCAAGGCCGAUUCGUUUGAGAAGAAGAUCAACCUCGGUGUUGGCGCCUACCGCGAUGACAAGGGAAAGCCCUACGUGCUGCCAUCGGUGCGCAAGGCCGAGGAGAAGGUCAUCGGGUCGCGCAUGAACAAGGAGUACGCCGGCAUCACGGGCGUCCCCGAGUUCACCAAGGCGGCCGCCGUGCUCGCCUACGGCAAGGACAGCUCGGCCCUCGACCGCCUGGCCAUCACGCAGUCCAUCUCCGGCACCGGUGCCCUGCGCAUCGGCGGUGCCUUCCUCGCCCGCUUCUUCCCCGGCGCCAAGACCAUCUACAUCCCGACGCCGUCGUGGGCCAACCACGCGGCCGUCUUCAAGGACUCGGGCCUGCAGGUCGAGAAGUACGCCUACUACAACAAGGACACCAUCGGCCUCGACUUUGAGGGCAUGGUCGCCGACAUCAAGAAGGCGCCCAACGGCAGCAUCUUCCUGUUCCACGCGUGCGCGCACAACCCGACCGGCGUCGACCCCACGCAGGAGCAGUGGAAGGAGAUCGAGGCGGCCGUCAAGGCUAAGGGCCACUUUGCCUUCUUUGACAUGGCCUACCAGGGCUUCGCCAGCGGCGACAUCCACCGGGACGCCUUCGCGGUGCGCUACUUUGUCGAGAAGGGCCACAACAUCUGCCUGGCCCAGUCGUUCGCCAAGAACAUGGGCCUGUACGGCGAGCGCACCGGCGCCUUCUCCAUGGUGUGCGCCGACGCCGAGGAGCGCAAGCGGGUCGACUCGCAGAUCAAGAUCCUGGUGCGGCCCAUGUACUCGAACCCGCCGAUCCACGGCGCGCGCAUCGCCGCCGAGAUCCUCAACACCCCGGCCUUGUACGACCAGUGGCUGGUCGAGGUCAAGGAGAUGGCCGACCGCAUCAUCACCAUGCGCGCCCUGCUCAAGGAGAACCUCGAGAAGCUCGGGUCCAAGCACGACUGGAGUCACAUCACCAGUCAGAUCGGCAUGUUCGCCUACACGGGCCUGACCCCGGAGCAAAUGGACCAGCUCAUGAAGGAGCACAGCGUGUACGCCACCCGCGACGGCCGCAUCUCCGUGGCUGGUAUCACUAGCGACAACGUUGGCCGUCUGGCCGAGGCCAUCUUCAAGGUCAAGGGUUGAAUCUGUACGCAGCAUGUGGUAAGUAGAUGAUGUAACGAGAAGAAGCAUGAGGAGAAGGGGUUGGGAGUAAUGGGUGGUUGGCUCACUGACUGGGUUUCUCCUCGUUUCUGAUAUGGCUCGAUCUUUCCCCGCAUCUAUGUGCAUCUACUGUACAACUCGCCGUCGCUAGACUGUAUCCCUAUUAGAGGGGGCACUUGAUUUAGGAUGUGGUUCUGUACUUGGAUCGGGUGUCUCGCAUGUACAGCGGAGAAAGGUUCCUCGGUUCAACACAGCACGGAUACACAGAAGCAUACAAAAAGGGAGGUCACAGAUCUUGACUUCCGCUGGCAAGGAGUUGUACAGUACCCCCUUUACACAGAAACGCGUCAGCUCUGAGGGACGAGGAAAU